AUUUUUCUACAAGAUGCUGAGAAGGUACCGGCUUAAAGUAGAGGUGUUCGAUGGUUCAAAAAAUGCUGUUUUUUUCUUAAUGAUUCUCAAGUGAAGGAGUUGAUCAGUUUGUCUUCAGAUGAUCUGUUGUAUCCUCUGGAUUCUAUUGCUGAUGUUGACUUUCCACUGGAGGUUCAGGAAAAAGUUAUUGGCAAAGAAAUUUUGUUUAAAGUUUCUAAGAUUCCUGGGAUUAAAUUAAGGGGGUAUCCUUGCUUUGAGGUUCUUCGUAUGUGUGCUGAUCCUGAAAUCACAUCUGCGUUCUUUUCUGAAGUGGCCAGUUCUACAUCUAUGAUGGUGACGGAUGGUGAAGGUGAACAUGCUACAUAUGUUGCUGGAUAUGGAGAAAGAAUCAUUGAUGGUGUUCCAACAAACUUUGUGAAAAGAAAACUUGAAGUCUCUGGGAGUGAUGUUUAUGAAGAUGUAGGUAGCAAGUCAGGAAAGUUUGAAACAUGUGUGGUGCAGAAGCUAGAAAUCAGUAGCCAUGAUUUUGCCAAUGCUGAUGAUGGAAUGUUAGGUGAAAUUAAUCGCUUGAAGGCAAUUCAGCUAACUGAUGGUGGAUCCGAUUGUGAAGGUCAUUUGAUUCCAGUGGAUGGGUUCAAGGUCCGCGAAAAUCAUGAGCCUAAGUUUUAACUUGGUAGAAGACAUAUAUUAAAUUAGGUGCAUUUUUUCGAGGAUAGAAGGCUCUAGAUUUGCGCUAUCUCAACCGUAUGGGGUCUCCACUUAGAGAUAUUAGCAAUGAAAUUCCUCUGUCCAGUUGUGUACAAGGGGAUAAUAGUUGUGGUUCAAGUGCGAGUAAACGCAAAAGGAAUUGUAUUGGGUUGGAUCCAAAUGCAACAGCUCCUAUUAAAAAAGCAGAUAGAAAAGACUUGGGAAAGAAGUCCAAUCGUGGACGUUCAAUUAGAAGACCUAAUAUGCAACGUUCAAAGAAAAGGAUCAAUAUGAUGGUGCACCUUGAAGAAGAUUUGAUGUGUUCAGAAAGUACUCAUAUAGAUGAUACAAACUGGAUUUACAGGAAUGCAAUUUUUGACUCUGCUGAAUCACAAUCGUAUCUUGAUUUUGGGGAUAUGAACAUGCCGUGUAAGCAUUGUGGAGUCAUUCUUUGGUAUCAAGAGAGGUCUGAAAAGACAAGAGAUUCUACUUCUCCGGACUUCUCUAUAUGUUGUAUGAAAGGGAAAAUUUUGCUACCAUAUUUGGCGGACUCCCCAUCAUUAUUGUAUAACUUGCUCACAGAUAAUGAUCCCAGGAGUCGUCAUUUUUUGGAGAACAUUAGAUCUUAUAAUAACAUGUUUUCCUUCACAUCAAUUGGAGGUAAAGUUGAUUGUGGUUUGAAUGAUGGACGUGGACCUCCUCAAUUUGUCAUAAGUGGACAAAAUUAUCAUCGAAUUGGCAGUUUACUCCCAUCUGAAGGUAAAUGCAAACUUGAUCCUGGUUUAGUGAUGGACUUGCUUAAGAUGGUUGAUGAACACAAUGUUUUAGCCAAGUCAUUUAGAAGUGUAAGGGAUCAUGUUGAUGAUUGUGAUUCCAAUGAGGUUGCUUUAAGGCUAUUUAGGAAUCGUGUUCAUGAUUCCAAUACAUACAAUCUCCCAAGCAUAGAUGAAGUUGCUGCUUUAAUUGUAGGUGAUUUUGAUAGUUCUGAUUGUGGUCGUGAUGUUAUUCUACGCUCAACAAGUGGUAAAUUAGAAAGAAUAUUUGAGACUCACUCAUCAUUCUUGCCUUUACAAUAUCCGUUGUUAUUCCCAUAUGGGGAGGAAGGAUUUUCAGAUGAAACUGAGUUUGGUGGUGUUAACUUUAAUAGUGCAAUCUACAAGCGAGAGAACUUGUCAAUGCGUGAAUGGGUUUCAUUUAGACUUCAUGAAAGACAAUUUGAAUGCAAGAGAAUAACAUUGUCACGUCGUUUGUUUCAACAAUUUGUUGUUGACUGCUACUCAAUGAUUGAAUCCAAUAGGUUACAUUACAUUAGGUACAAUCAGGACAUUAUUCGUAGAGAUUUUUUAUCAGGUAUUGAGGAUGCUAUUACUCGUGGUGAUACUGAUGCCUCGACAGUUGGAUGCAGAAUCUUCCUUCCUUCUUCUUUUACCGGUGGUAGGCGUUAUAUGUUUGACAAUUGCCAAGAUGCUAUGACUAUUUGUGGAACUUACGGAUAUCCUGAUUUGUUUCUUACAAUGACAUGCAAUCCUAAGUGGCCUGAGAUUGAGCGGCAUGUUUCAAAAUAUUUUUUGUCUGCAUAUGAUCGUCCAGAUAUAUCAUGUCGAGUUUUCCGUAUGAAAUUGGCACAGUUGAUGAUAGAUCUAAAGAAAGGGGAGUUUUUUGGGAAGGUCAUUGCUGGUAUGUAUAGCAUUGAAUUUCAGAAGAGAGGUUUACCACAUGCUCACAUUUUGUUGUGGCUUAGUCCUGGUGACAAGCUUAAAACUACUGAAAUGAUAGACUCUGUUAUAUGUGCUGAGUUACCAGAUCCUGAUAUAUACCCUGAAUUGUUUGAUUGCGUGUCAAAUUAUAUGGUUCAUGGGCCUUGUGGAUUGAGUAGGAAGGAAUCUCCUUGCAAGAAGAAUGGGCGGUGUUCUAAAUUUUUUCCUAAAAAAUAUGCAGAUGCUACAUCAUUUGACAAUGAUGGGUAUCCUAUUUAUAGGAGAAGGAACACUGGGAUUUCAACCAAUAGAAGGGGUGUUGAUUUAGACAAUGGUUUUGUUGUGCCAUACAAUCCCAAACUACUUAUGAAAUUUCAAGCUCAUAUCAAUAUUGAGUAUUGCAAUAAGUCAAACUCUAUAAAAUACCUGUUCAAAUAUAUAAAUAAAAGAGUUGAUAGAGUAACAAUGUCUGCUGGUGUAAGUAAUCAUGAUCAGAGAGUUGAAGUCGAUGAAAUCAAACAAUAUUUUGAUUGUAGAUACUUGUCUCCAUGUGAAGCUGCUUGGAGAAUUUUCAAAUUUGAAAUCCACCAUAAAUGGCCACAUGUGCAGAAACUCACUUAUCAUUUACCAAGGAAUCAAGUUGUGUUGUUUAGGGAAAAUCAAUCAAUCAAGGCGGUACUUAGGAAGAACAAAGUUAAGAACAACAUGUUCUUAGCUUGGAUGGAGGCUAAUUCUAAGUAUCCUGAGGGUAGAGAGCUGUUAUAUGUUCAGUUUCCAGGCUCAUUUGUUUAUGAUCCGAGUAGUAGAUCAUGGCAUCCGAGGAAACAAGGUUUGACUAUUGGGCGAAUAAACUUUGUGCCCCCUGGGUCUGGUGAAUUGUAUUACUUGAGGUUGUUGUUGAAUGUUCAAAGAGGUUGUACAAGCUUUGAAGAUUUGAAAUCUGUAGAGGGUACUGUACACGACAGCUUCCAUGAUGCAUGUGUUUCAUUGGGAUUGUUGAAGGAUGAUGGGGAGUUUAUUAAUAGUAUAUUGGAUGUGGGGAUCUUAUCCUCGGGAUUUUAUUGUAGAGGCUUAUUUGUUACCUUCCUAUUAGCAAAUUCCAUGUCUAAUCCGCUGAAGGUAUGGAAGGAAACUUGGCAUGUAUUGGCUGAUGGAAUCCUCUAUGAUUUACGAAAAAAGCAUAACAAUAAAGAAUUGAAUAUUAAUGAGGAAGAAUUGAAGGGUUUGUGCUUAAUGGAGAUAGAUAAAGUGUUGAUGGUAAAUGGAAGAUCAUUGAAAGAUUACUCUAACAUGCCACAGGUUAAUCCUAAUAUUCUGAAGCAGUAUGGUAAUGUUUUACUAUUCAAUGAGUUAAACUUUGAUGUUAUUGAGAUGAAGAAAUUGCAUCUUGAUUUUUUCAAUAAGAUGAAUAGUGGACAAGCUAAGGUUUAUGAUGAGAUUAUUUCUGCGAUGAAUAAGGAUGAUGGUGGGUUUUUCUUUGUGUAUGGUCAUGGUGGAACUGGUAAAACAUUUUUAUGGAAAACAUUGACCUACAGGCUCAGAUCAGAGAAAAAAAUUAUAUUGAAUGUUGCUUCAAGUGGCAUAGCUUCUUUACUACUACCUGGGGGCCGAACUGCACAUUCACUUUUUUGCAUUCCGCUUAAUGUUAAUGAGGAUUCAUGUUGUGGUAUUGUUCAAGGUAGUCCAAAAGCUGAGUUACUUCAGCUAACCAGUUUGAUUAUUUGGGAUGAAGCACCAAUGGUUUGUAGAUAUGCUUUUGAAGCAUUGGACAAGUCAUUGAGAGAUAUCAUGAGAGUAAUUGAUCCUAAAAACUUUAAUCUACCAUUUGGGGGAAAAGUGGUUGUUUUAGGUGGCGAUUUUAGACAAAUUUUUCCAGUUAUUCCUAAGGGUAGUAGAGCUGAGGUUGUUAUGGCUACCAUCAAUUCAUCCCGCUUGUGGAGAUUCUGCAAGGUUCUGACAUUGACAGAAAACAUGCGUUUGCUUGGUAACUUGAACAAUCUUGAGGUUGAAGAGGUUAAGUAUUUUGCCAAAUGGGUUCUUGAUGUUGGGGAUGGUAAUUUAGGUGAUUAUAAUGAUGGGGAAUCUUUUAUAAAAAUUCCUGAUGAAACAUUGAUCCAACAGUCAUCAAAUCCUGUUUUUGAUACUGUACAAACUAUGUUUCCAAAUAUUGUGGAGAAAAUUGGGUGUGCUGAGUAUUAUCAAGACAAGGCUAUACUUGCUCCAACAUUGGAUGCAGUUGAUAUGGUGAAUAAAUAUGUGUUAUCACUAUUUCCUGGUGAGGGAACUACGUAUUUAAGCUCUGAUUCAGUAUGGCGUAUUGAUGAGGAGCUUGGCAUUGAAGCUGAUUGGUUGACAACUGAAUUUCUCAAUGAUAUCAAGUGUUCUGGUAUUCCUGAUCAUGAGUUGGUGUUGAAAAUAGGAGCUCCUGUGAUGCUCAUGCGAAAUCUAGAUAUAUCUACUGGAUUAUGCAAUGGAACUAGACUUAUUAUUAACCAUCUUCGUCCAAAUGUUGUUGGAGGUAUUGUUAUUUCUGGCACACAUGCUGGUAAGCAGACUUUCAUUGGUAGGAUGGACAUGAUUCCAAGUGAUCAAAGUAUGCCCAUUAGGUUUCAAAGAAGGCAAUUUCCUCUUCUUGUGUCAUUUGCAAUGACUAUUAAUAAGAGUCAAGGUCAAACAUUAUCAAAUAUUGGUGUUUAUUUGCCAAAUCCUGUUUUUUCACAUGGGCAGUUGUAUGUUGCUGUUUCUCGUGUGAAGACAAAAUCUGGUUUGAAGAUCCUAAUAUGCAACGAGGAUGUUAGGGAACGAGAUGUAACGAAAAACAUUGUUUAUAAGGAGGUUUUUCAAAAAAUCUUCAAUUGAUUAUAUUUGAAAAAGUCAAUGUAAUUGUGUCCAAAUUAAUUUGAUGAAGGAAAAUUGAAAUGUAGCUUUGUUAUACAUAUAAAUAUUUAUAAUUUGUUAA